CGGGCCGCCGCCGCUGCACCGGGGAACGGGGAGCUGGGAGCGGGGGCGCGGGAGACGAGCGCUAAGAUGGCCGCUCCGGCCGGGGCUGUUUUCAGAUGCUUCAAGUGUUGUCAACAGAGAGUUGUUUGGAUUAUGUGUUCCUCAGCUAGAUUAAAUAAAUGCUAACAAUGGAUAAGUGCCAACACAUUGGGCAGUUGCGGCUUGCUCAAGACCAUUCCAUCCUCAACCCGCAGAAAUGGCAUUGUGUGGACUGCAAUACAACUGAGUCGAUUUGGGCUUGCCUUAGCUGUUCUCAUGUUGCGUGUGGAAGAUAUAUUGAAGAACAUGCACUCAGGCACUUUCAAGAAAGCAGUCAUCCUGUUGCAUUGGAGGUGAAUGAGAUGUAUGUUUUUUGUUACCUCUGUGAUGAUUAUGUUCUUAAUGAUAAUGCAACUGGAGACCUAAAGUUACUACGAAGUACAUUAAGUGCAAUCAAAAGUCAAAAUUAUCACUGCACCACUCGUAGUGGAAGGGUUUUACGGUCUAUGGGUACAAGUGAUGAUUCCUAUUUCUUACAUGAUGGCACCCAAUCUCUGCUUCAAAAUGAAGACCAAAUGUAUACUGCUCUUUGGCACAGGAGAAGGAUACUCAUGGGUAAAAUCUUUCGAACUUGGUUUGAGCAGUCACCCAUUGGAAGAAAAAGGCAAGAACAAUUUCAGGAGAAAUUAGCAAAAAGAGAGGUGAAGAAAAGACGACAAGAACUAUUAGAACAUCAAGCUAAAGCAGAAUUAGAAAGUAUGCCUCCCAGAAAGAGUUUACGUUUGCAAGGUCUAGCUCAGUCCACCACAGUAGAAAUAGUUCCUGUACCGCUGCAAACCUCAGCAUUGCCAGCAAAAGAUAAAGUAGUAUCUACCUCAGAAGAUGUAAGAUUUAAAGAGGCUGAUGACUCCUCUGUUAAACGAAGGCCAACAGUAACUCCUGGUGUAACAGGAUUGAGAAAUUUGGGAAACACUUGCUAUAUGAAUUCUGUUCUCCAAGUAUUGAGUCAUUUACUUAUUUUUCGACAAUGUUUUUUAAAACUUGAUCUGAACCAAUGGCUGGCUGUGACAGCUAGUGAUAAAACAAGAUCAUCUUAUAAGCAUCCUCCAGUCACAGAUACAGUAUUUCAAAUGAAUGAAUGUCAAGAAAAAGAGCCAUAUUCUGUGCACUUCAGACAUCCAAGUUUAUCAUCAGGACUAAGCGGCGGAGCACCAAAGAGUAGAAAGAUGGAACUUAUUCAGCCAAGGGAGCCAAGUUCACAAUACAUUUCUCUUUGUCAUGAACUGCAUACUUUGUUCCAAGUCAUGUGGUCUGGAAAGUGGGCCUUGGUCUCACCGUUCGCUAUGCUACACUCAGUCUGGAGACUAAUCCCUGCUUUUCGUGGUUAUGGCCAACAGGAUGCUCAGGAAUUUCUUUGUGAGCUUUUGGAUAAAAUACAACAUGAACUAGAGACAACUGGUACCAAGUUACCAGCUCUUAUCCCUACUUCUCAAAGGAAACUUAUCAAGCAGGUUCUGAAUGUUGUGAAUAACAUUUUUCACGGACAGCUUCUUAGUCAGGUUACAUGUCUUGCAUGUGACAACAAAUCAAAUACCAUAGAACCUUUCUGGGACUUGUCACUGGAAUUCCCAGAAAGAUACCAAUGCAGUGGAAAAGAUAGUACUUCCCAGCCGUGUCUGGUUACUGAAAUGUUGACUAAGUUCACAGAAACCGAAGCUUUAGAAGGAAAAAUCUACAUGUGUGACCAGUGUAAUUCAAAACGUAGAAGGUUUUCCUCAAAACCAGUUAUACUCACAGAAGCACAAAAACAGCUUAUGAUUUGCCACCUACCUCAGGUUCUCAGACUCCAUCUGAAACGAUUCAGGUGGUCAGGACGUAAUAACCGAGAGAAGAUUGGUGUUCAUGUUGGCUUUGAAGAAAUCUUAAACAUGGAGCCCUAUUGCUGCAGGGAAUCCCUGAAGUCCCUCAGACCAGAAUGUUUUAUGUAUGACUUAUCUGCUGUGGUAAUGCACCAUGGGAAGGGAUUCGGCUCAGGACACUACACUGCCUACUGUUACAAUUCUGAAGGAGGGUUCUGGGUACACUGCAAUGAUUCCAAGCUAAGCAUGUGCACUCUGGAUGAAGUACGCAAGGCCCAAGCUUAUAUCUUGUUUUAUACCCAGCGAGUUACUGAGGGACAUUCUGAGCUCCUGCCUCCAGAACUCCUGAAUGGUAGCCAACAUCCCAGUGAAGAAGCUGAUACCUCUUCUAAUGAAAUCCUUAGCUGAUCCAAAGACAGUGGGGGUUUUCUUCUUGUGAUUUGUAUAUAUACUUUUUAAAAGGGCUGACUUAACAAUUGUGGGCUUCACUGUUUUUAUUUUUACUUACUAAUCAGUGCACACUGUGUUUACACAUUUUGUAUCUAACUGCAACAGAUCUUUUUACAGAGAUUAAGUUAGCUUAAGUAUAUGUGUAUCAAUGUCAGUAGGUAAUUUUUGUUAAAUACUUGGGAGUUUUAAACUUUUAGUGUUUACCUCAGACUGAUGUUACCUCUUUCUUGUGUUUUGAUGUCUUAAUUGGCUCAGAUCAUGAAUUUGUGCAAUCUUCUACUGAAGAAGUUCAGAUGGCAUCAUUUUAUACAUUUAUCUUUUAUAGUUAUUUUCUAUACAAAUUCUUAUCAGACAGAUUAAACU